AUGAAUCGACUUCAAAGGUUUAUUUUCUCUGCUCGUCGCUUGUCUCCCCCAAUCAUACCUCCGACGUGUUUUCUUCACCGUCAGCCGUUUUCGACCUCAGUUACUGAUGCUUCCUCCUCGGCAUCUUCUUCCGCCAGUAAAAGCACAAGUACACUGUCUUCUCUCAAGGAAGAUGAACUUGCCAAAUUCGCUGCCAUUGCUGAUUCCUGGUGGCAUUCUGAAGGACCCUUUAAACCGUUGCAUCUAAUGAAUCCAACUCGCUUGGCUUUCAUACGCUCCACCUUAUGCAGACAUUUCAGUAAGGAUCCGAGUUCUGCUAGGCCUUUUGAAGGACUUAGACUCAUUGAUGUUGGUUGUGGCGGCGGACUACUUUCUGAGCCUCUAGCACGGAUGGGAGCAACUGUCACAGGAAUUGAUGCUGUUGACAAGAAUGUCAAAAUUGCUCGUCUUCAUGCUGAUAUAGAUCCGGUGACUUCAAGUAUUGAAUACCAUUGUACUACAGCAGAAAAGCUAGUUGACGAAGGGAAGACGUUUGAUGCUGUUCUUGCCUUAGAGGUCAUUGAGCAUGUAGCAAACCCUGCAGAAUUCUGCAAGUCGUUGUCAGCAUUGACAAUCCCCAAUGGGGCCACUAUAGUUUCUACAAUCAAUCGCUCUAUGCGAUCAUAUGCAUCUGCCAUCGUUGCAGCCGAGUAUAUUCUGCAUUGGCUUCCUAAAGGCACACACCAGUGGUCAAGCUUUCUAACUCCUGAGGAACUUACUAUGAUAUUACACCGUGCUUCAAUCGAUGUGAAAGAGAUGGCUGGAUUCGUGUACAACCCGUUAACCGGAAGAUGGUUGUUGUCAGAGGACAUAAGCGUCAACUUUAUUGCUUAUGGGACGAAAAGGAAUGAUCUUGGAAAUGAAGACAUAUCUGCUUCUGAGUUACACAACUCUAGUUGA